AUGCUUUUGGAUGAAGAUACUCCACUUUUUAAAUUCUGGAAGGAUAUUCAGAAUGUUGAAAUUUACAAAAAAAUAAUUUCUCUAACAGAAGGUGUUUACUUGUUGGGUAAAAUGGAACAAGGAUCAAAUAUUUUUGUUCGUCAAUGUUAUAUUGAUCUCUCCAUGAUAAUUUUUGACAGUGAUAAAUUGGAAAAAUUUUGCAUUACAGGAACUCCAGGAAUUGGAAAGACAUUUUUUGAAACAUAUAUGAAUCUGUUUCAUAAUGAAUUAAAUAAAUCAGAUGUUUGGUAUUUUGUUGAUGGACACCAUCCAAGGAACUUAUGGACUUGGGAUGAAAUAUCUGCAUGUAUCUCCAAAAAUAUUUAUGAUGAUUCAGCAGGGAGUCUAAAUAUUACUUCCAAAGUUUUAUAUCACAAAGUUGAUUAUAAAAAAGCCAAAAAAUUGUUUGGAAUGUGGGGAGGUAUUCCACAAGUUGUUUUGCAAAAAGCAAGCACAGAAGCAAUAAAUUUAAUAAAUCAAGAAAUGGAAGGUGCAAUCAGAAUUUGUGAUCUUGAUAUGAUAGUGGUUGAUCCUAAACUUGAUGUUAACAAUAAGGUUGUGCAUAUUUACACUAAUGUUCCUGAUGAACAACCAGAUGUUGUAUAA